GGAAUAAUUUGAACCUAUCUUCCAAAAAUCUUUUUCUCCAUUCUCUUUCUUUCUUUAAGAGAUCAAUGAAAUACUCUGAUGGGAACUCUAAGCAGCCAUUACUGACCUCAAGGGAAAGAGAUGAACCGCACCAAAUCCACCCACCCCCACCACCCACCGCAGUUUUCACCGCGGACGCCCCAGACAUAGCUCCGAUUACCGGUCCCGGCGAUUUCUUUAGGGAGUUCAUGAGGGAGUCGAAGAAGCUGUGGUACCUAGCCGGCCCUGCCAUAUUCUCCUUCAUCUCCAAGUACUCCCUGGGUGCUUUCACUCAAAUCUUCGCCGGCCACGUCGGCACCAUCGAACUCGCCGCUGUUUCCGUCGAAAACUCCCUCAUCGCUGGAUUCUCCUUUGGCAUUAUGCUGGGAAUGGGAAGCGCGUUGGAAACGCUAUGUGGGCAAGCAGUGGGGGCAGGGAAGCUGGAAAUGCUAGGGAUAUACAUGCAAAGAUCAUGGGUGUUACUCACGUCAAUGGCUAUUCCUCUAUGCCUUCUAUACAUCUUCGGAGGACCCAUUCUCAAGUUUUUAGGCCAAACAACUGAAAUAUCAGAGGCUGCCGGAACCUUCGCCAUUUGGAUGAUCCCACAGCUAUUUGCUUACGCUCUCAACUUCCCAGUGGCCAAGUUUCUGCAGUCGCAGAGUAAGGUGAUGGUCAUUGCGCUCAUAUCGGGGGUGGCAAUGCUGCUUCACCCCAUCAUGUGUUGGUUGUUCAUUAUGAAGUUUCGGUGGGGAUUGCCCGGUGCCGCCGUUGUGCUCAACGCCUCGUGGUGGUUCGUGGUGGUGGCUCAGUUGACGUACGUGUUCAGUGGCGCGUGCGGACGAGCGUGGAGUGGGUUCUCUCUGGAAGCCUUUCAUAAUCUCUAUGGCUUCUUUCGCCUCUCUCUCGCCUCUGCCGUUAUGCUUUGUUUGGAAACAUGGUACUUUAUGAUUCUGGUUUUGUUUGCUGGAUACCUCGAAAAUGCAGAAGUCACCGUAGAUGCAUUCUCUGUCUGCAUGAAUAUAUUGGGCUGGACCAUCACGGUAUGUUUUGGGAUGAACGCUGCUGUCAGUGUGAGGGUGUCUAAUGAACUAGGGGCACUGCACCCAAGAACAGCAAGAUUUUCGCUAGUGGUUGCCGUGAUUACUUCAAUUUUGAUCGGUAUUGUAUUGGCUCUGAUUUUACUGAUCACGCGGGAUGAGUACCCUUCAUUGUUUUCAAACGACGAACAAGUAAAAGAUCUUGUCAAGGACCUCACGCCAUUGUUGUCCUUCUGCAUUGUCAUUAAUAACGUUCAGCCUGUUCUCUCUGGAGUUGCCAUUGGGGCGGGAUGGCAGGCUCUUGUUGCCUAUGUAAACAUUGGAUGCUACUACCUAUUUGGAAUUCCUAUGGGUCUUCUAUUGGGUUACAAGCUUGACUUUGGAAUCAAGGGAAUCUGGAGUGGAAUGAUAGCAGGGACAAUACUGCAGACUUGUGUUCUUUUGGUAAUAAUCUACAAAACAAACUGGAACAAAGAGGCUUCACUUGCCGAAGAUAGGAUAAGGAAUUGGGGCGGUGAACAUCAAGAAGCGCAACUGGGAAAGACAUAGAAAACACAGAAGAAACAUGAAAUUGCAGUGGGAGGAUUGGUACUAAUGCUAUAGAUAUUUGAUAUGAGGACAGCUAUAUUUAUUUCCUUGAGAAUAUUUUAUGAACUUGUUACAAAUCCUUUUAGUUUACCUAAGAAAAAUAGUUCAUUUGUGUCAAAAAGAUGAAUUUUAAGACUAUUUCUAAUUACGAGUUUUUUAAAAUUGUAAGUGAUGUUUCAAAAGUUGAAUUAAAGAUUGAACCCGCGACAGUUUUUGAUUUCUUAUUUGAUUUGUUCAACCGAGAUUCAGUGUAAUAAGAAACGAUGGCACUGGAAUUAUGAACAAUUUGUGAUCUAACCAAUGAUUUGGUUGUUGAUCAGGACUAAUUUUAAGUUGUUGUUCAU